AUCACAAGAACCAACUAAAUGUCUUUAUUUCAUUAGUAUUUUUCUCCCUAUAAAGUAAUCUAACUUUUUUCAAUUUUUUUUUUUCUUUUCCCUUUCCUCUUUUUUUUUUUUUUUUUUUUUUUUCUUCUUACUUGUUUAUUGGAGAUAUCAUGUAUAGCACGGAAUCAAUAGGGCUUUCGUUAGAAUCUGUCCUGGAAGAUCCAAGUUCGGACCUAUUUAAAGAUUUCGCCACUUAUUUGCAUCAGUCAUAUUGUAUAGAAAAUUUAGCUUUUUGGUUAGCGACACAAGAAUAUUACCAAGAAUGUAACAAGAAUCGGCAACAAGAAUUAUGUGAAUCGAUGAUCAAUUUAUACAUUCGACCCAAUUCACCACAGGAAAUCAACAUACCAUGCGAUAUGAGGCAGUCGAUACUCGAUUUCUUCAAUGAUGGAAACUAUCACUUGCACAUAUUCGAUGAUGCAGCUGAAGCAGUAUUGGAAUUAAUGAGAGUAAACUCGUUUCUGCCCUGGACAACAUGUUCUUCACCACCAUCGUGGUCAUUUGACAAUAUCAUGUCCUCUUCUUCUUCUUCGACAAAACAACACAAAAGUUGGCCAUCACCAAGACGAUUCGUACCUACCUCAAAUUCAUUAACGGGUCUAUCUACCAGCUUCUCUUUCUCUGACAAGUGGAAUUUAAUUAAAUUAAAGCAACCCUCAUCACGUAGAAGCUGCUCAUCAUUAGAUUAUCCUUGUUCCAUCGAAGAUGACAGUAAUGAUAGAUUAGCCUUAUCUAUCGAUUUUUCGGCUCCUUCGGCUACGAGUACCACAACCACGACUACGUCAGGAACUCGGUAUAGAACAAUGUUGAAACGGGUAAAAAGGUCUCUACUUGGUAGCAUCAAUAACAAUACAACAACUGACGAGGAUGAAGACGAUCAGUUCUCAACUCCACGUUCUUCCUUUACUGCUGAUACCACUUCUUCAUGGUCGUCCUGGAGAAAAUCCCAAAGAUAAUUCAAACCCCUCCCUACUCUCCUUUAAAAAAAAAUAUUCAUAUGUAUACCCCACUACUUUCUUUCUUCAUCUUAUAUCUUGUAAUUAUAUAUGUAUAACCUUAUUAUAUCUUUAAUGUGCUACUGCCAAUAGAACCGCCCCAUAUAGACUAUUCUCUUAUGUAAAAAUAAAACAAACAAAAAAUAGAGUGCGAAUUAUUUCU